GUGUGGAGUCCCGGCUUCGGCUCCCCGUGGGGCCGCCUACCCUGGAAUCCCGUCCUUGUUAAAAUUCGCCGACAUGCCGCACUCUCGGCUGCACUCCUACCCAUUUUCUCCGAUACACUGAACCUCGUGGUGCAGAAAGGCGGAAGCAGCAACUCCUCCCGCUCGGAGGCCUGUCCCUCCCGGCCGCCGCCCCAUUCCCCCUCAUGCGCGCGAGCAGCAGCAGCAGCAGCAGCAGCAGCAGCAUGCCCGCGUCUCUUCCUCGCCCACCGUCUCCAGUCGCGGACCGCCCUCGGCGCCGGCCGGUGAGCAGGGCCUGCGAUCGGUGCCGUCGCAGAAAAGCAAAGGUAAGUUUCUCCGUCGGAAGGCAGGAGCAUGGGGGCCGUCAUCACCGGUGUAGUGUGCCUCCUCUGUCGAGACAUGGUUCAUCUGGUCGGCGGCAAGAGCCGGCUGAGCCAUUGAGCCGGAUUGAUGCUUUGACAAUGGAUAAGAGCAUCACCACGUUCGAGAUGGGACUGACACGCGCAGUGCGACUUCAUCAUGUCGGCCGGCAGCUGCACACACUGCCGCGACAACGAGGUCCGCUGCACCUUCGACCUGCCCCUCGCCCGCCGCGGUCCCAAGUCCAAGAAGAGGCCCGAGUCGUCGUCGACCCCGGCCAUAGGCGGCAUCGCAACAUUUCUGUCGCCUCCUCACCCCGCGCCGCCCCCGCCCGUCUCACUUCGUGUUGCUGCUAGCGACCCGACUCACGCGGCUGCCGUGGCUGGUCCGGCAUUUGGCAGCCCGUCCAGCUCGUCUACUGGACCCUGGGAGCCCGUUGGGACCCUCGGGACGCGCAACCAUGUGCUCUCUCCGUCGGCAGUCCGCGACUAUCCACCCCGGACCCCUGCUGGGACGCACGCGGUUGGGGCGUUGAGUCGGUGGCAUAGCCUGUCCCGGGCGUUGGCACUUAGGAACACGACCGUUGAGCGGACCGUCAACCGGUGUCUGGAUCUCUUCUUCAAAUACCUCUACCCACUAACACCUCUUGUCGACGAGCCUAGCCUCCGGGAUGGCCUGUCAUUCUUCCUCAACCAGACUGCGGCGGCACCUGGAGCUGCCCAGUCGCAGUCGUCGGAUCUCGACGCUGCCCCACCAAAUAUCACCAACGUCGGGGAAUCAUGGUCGGCAUUUCCCCGUGACGCGCGUGCCAGCUUGACGGGGGAGCAUCUCAAGACAUGGCCAGACGCCACCUUUACCUUCAUUACGGCAGUUUGCGCCGAGGCGGCAUUUCUCUUGCCGAAAGAGCUUUUCCCCGAAGGCGAGAGUGUCGCCGACCUCUUCCUCCAAGCCUCGCGCGAUUGCCUCAACCACUACCUUGAGGCGGACCUCGAGAGCCCCAGCGCCAACUCCAUCACGAUUCGCUACUUCCACUCCAACUGCAUCCAUGCUGCGGGGAAACCCAAGUACUCGUGGCACAUCUUUGGCGAGGCGACGAGGCUGGCUCAGGUGAUGCGAUUACAUGAUGAGUCGUCCUUCGAAGGCCUGUAUCCAAUUGAGGCGGAGCUUCGCCGCCGGGCGUUCUGGAUCGUCUACAUGGGCGACAAGUCAGCUGCCAUUCUGAACAACCGGCCCAUUACCAUUCACAAGUACUCGUUCGAGUCGGGCAUUACGGCGAGAUAUCCCACGGGUCUCGAAAGCCGGGCGUCGAGGGGGCCCGCUAACGUUUCCUCCGGCUCGCAGGAUACGGCGCGGCAGAGCCUGAUCCAUGGCUUUAAUGCGAACCUGCGCCUCUGGCAAGCGGCUUCGGACUUACUCCUGGAGGUGCGCUUGCUGCAAGACCAGCGCUCGGCACGUCAUGCUGUCUCCGACACUGCCUCGACUACCGGCAUGCCGGAGUCUAUUCUCACAGAGGACGAGAGGCAGCGCCUAGACAGGCUCUACGUGGGCUUCAUCACAUGCCUAGACGACCUCCCGCCGUAUCUGCAGUCGUACACGUUUGCGUCCAUCGCGGGCGGCGGCGGCGGCGGCAGCAGGGGCGGAGCGCAGUCGGCGCACGCGAGCCAGUUCGUCAUCCAGUGCGCAAACCUGCAAGUCUCGUUCCAUUGCCUGCGGAUGGUCAUUACGCAAAAGUUUGAGGACAUUUCGUACUUUCCGCCCGGGGCGGAGCAGGCGGAUUUGCGCAAGACGGAGAUUGUGCGGGACAUGCUGCGCGUGAUGCACGAGGCGCCGUUUUGGUCGCUCCAAGUCAACGGCGAGCCUUAUGUGGAAAAGAUUAGGCUCAUUGGAGCGAGCCUGCUGGCCAUCAUUCACCGCAACCAGACCUCGCCGCUGGGGGCGAGGGCGCGGAGCGACUUCUCCGUGCUUCUGGAUAUCCUCACGCGGCUGGACUCCAAGGCGUCGGAUGCGCUGCGGAGUGAUUCCACCUUUGCCCUCUGAUGGGUUCUCAAGUGGCGCGAUGCUGUGUCUCCAAGGUCUCAUCAAGCGUCAAGUAUCUGAGCUCUGUCUUUCGGCGUCAUCUCUUCUUUUCUAUGAGCGAAUGGUUUCAGAAGGAAAUUUGUACGAGAUAGCGGAGCAUAGCGGAGCAUGUAGCGAUGGGAAUUUUUGUGUGUAUUUUACAUGCGUGUUACGUGAGC